GAGACACAGGAUGAGAGGCAAGUUUCGGGGCGUGUGUGAAGGUAGAGAGGAGGCGACGCUAUUCCAUGAGGGGUGCGGUGCUCAGGACCUGUGGCUUUUGCACACGAAAGACAGUGGGAAGAGCAAAUGCAAAAGCCUGGCGCGGGGAACGUGCUAGGCCGGCAUCGGAGGCCGGGUGGCUGGAAAUGAGCGUGCAGACGGCAGAGGGGCCUAAGAACGAGCUCAGAGAAGAGGCAGAGGUCCUUGGAGCUCUUCUUGGCUCCCUCGUGCUCCAGCAGCUCCCCGGGCGGAGCCACAUUCAACAUGGCGGCCGCCUAGGGCCCACCGGCGGACGAACGGAAGUGCGUGUCGGCGGGCGCCGGAAGUGACGAGAGCCCGCUCCUUGCCGGGGUGUCGGUUGAGCCGUGGACGCGCCGGCUUCGAGCAUCCCUAGCCGGGCAGGUGGGAGGCCCGGGGUUGCGGAUCCCGCGGCCGCGGCUCGGACCCGCCGGCGACAUGGCCAGCUCCGGAGAGGACAUUUCCAAUGAUGAUGAUGACAUGCACCCUGCAGCAGCCGGGAUGGCGGACGGGGUCCACCUCCUAGGGUUCUCUGAUGAGAUCCUCCUUCACAUCCUGAGUCACGUCCCCAGCACAGAUCUGAUUCUGAACGUCCGGCGUACCUGUCGGAAGCUUGCAGCCCUGUGCCUUGACAAGAGCCUCAUCCACACCGUGUUGCUGCAAAAGGACUAUCAGGCGAGCGAGGACAAAGUGAGGCAGCUGGUGAAGGAGAUCGGCCGGGAGAUCCAGCAGCUGAGCAUGGCUGGCUGCUACUGGCUGCCUGGCUCCACCGUGGAACACGUGGCCCGCUGCCGCAGCCUGGUGAAGGUGAACCUCUCGGGCUGCCACCUCACCUCCCUGCGCCUCUCCAAGAUGCUCUCGGCCCUGCAGCACCUGCGCUCGCUGGCCAUUGACGUGAGCCCCGGCUUCGACGCCAGCCAGCUGAGCAGCGAGUGCAAGGCCACCCUGAGCCGCGUGCGGGAGCUCAAGCAGACGCUGUUCACUCCCUCCUACGGCGUGGUGCCCUGCUGCACCAGCCUAGAGAAGCUGCUGCUCUACUUCGAGAUUCUGGACCGCACGCGCGAGGGCGCCAUCCUCUCGGGCCAGCUUAUGGUGGGCCAGAGCAACGUGCCGCACUACCAGAACCUGCGGGUCUUCUAUGCGCGCCUGGCCCCCGGCUACAUCAACCAGGAGGUGGUGCGGCUCUACCUGGCUGUGCUUAGCGACCGCACUCCUCAGAACCUCCACGCCUUCCUCAUCUCCGUCCCUGGCAGCUUCGCGGAGAGCGGCGCCACCAAGAACCUCCUGGACUCCAUGGCGCGCAAUGUCGUGCUGGAUGCCCUGCAGCUGCCCAAGUCCUGGCUGAACGGCUCUUCCCUCCUGCAGCACAUGAAAUUCAACAACCCGUUCUACUUCAGUUUCAGCCGCUGUACCCUGUCAGGCGGCCAUCUGAUCCAGCAGGUCAUCAACGGCGGGAAGGACCUGCGGAGCCUGGCCAGCUUGAACCUCAGCGGCUGCGUCCACUGCCUGUCCCCAGACUCGCUGCUCCGCAAGGCGGAGGACGACAUCGACAGCAGCAUUCUGGAGACGCUGGUGGCGUCCUGCUGCAACCUGCGCCACCUGAACCUCUCGGCCGCCCACCACCACAGCUCGGAGGGCCUGGGCCGCCACCUCUGCCAGCUCCUGGCCCGGCUGCGUCACCUGCGCUCCCUCUCCCUGCCUGUCUGCUCUGUCGCUGACUCCGCGCCGCGCGCCGACCGCGCGCCCGCCCAGCCGGCCAUGCACGCAGUGCCGCGCGGCUUUGGCAAGAAAGUGCGUGUGGGCGUGCAGUCCUGUCCCAGCCCCUUCUCCGGCCAGGCGGGGCCCCAGCCCUCCUCCGUGUUCUGGUCUCUGCUGAAGAACCUGCCCUUCCUGGAACACCUCGAGCUGAUUGGGUCCAACUUCUCCUCUGCCAUGCCCCGCAACGAGCCCGCCAUCCGCAACUCGCUCCCACCCUGCAGCCGCGCGCAGAGCGUCGGGGACUCGGAGGUGGCCGCCAUCGGCCAGCUGGCCUUCCUGCGGCACCUGACGCUCGCACAGCUGCCCAGCGUCCUUACGGGCUCCGGGCUGGUCAAUAUCGGCCUGCAGUGCCAGCAGUUGCGGUCCCUGUCGCUGGCCAACCUGGGCAUGAUGGGGAAGGUGGUGUACAUGCCCGCGCUCUCAGACAUGUUGAAGCACUGCAAGCGGCUGAGGGACCUCAGGCUGGAGCAGCCCUACUUCAGCGCCAACGCCCAGUUCUUCCAGGCGCUGAGCCAGUGCCCCUCGCUGCAGCGCCUGUGCCUGGUCUCUCGCAGCGGCACCCUCCAGCCCGAUGCUGUGCUGGCCUUCAUGGCUCGCUGCCUGCAGGUCGUCAUGUGCCACCUGUUCACCGGGGAGUCCCUCGCCACCUGCAAGAGCCUGCAGCAGUCGCUUCUCCGCAGCUUCCAGGCCGAGCGGCCCGCGUUAAACGUCGUCAUCUUCCCUCUGCUCCACGAGGGCCUGACCGACGUCAUCCGGGACGUCCCCCUGGUGCACCUGGAUGAGAUCACCUUAUUUAAGAGCAGAGUGGCUGAGGAACCGCCGAACCUGUGGUGGUGAGAGGCGGAGCCGCCGCCCAUCGGUCUCAGUCACCUCGAGACGCUGCAGGAGCCUGGGACGCCAGGGACCCUUGGUUUGUCACAAGAGGAAGGGGGCCUCUCUCCCGGCCAGCCACGCCCCACCUGGCUCCUGGGGCUCCCGGCGUCUCCACGGCUCUCUCAUGGGAACUGUUGCUUUGUGAAGUUUGGGUCGAGGGGAUGCGUUCUGGGUGACAUGAGGGGGCUCGGGGGACGGUCGAUGUGGGGGGCUGGCUGAACCAGGCUGACCCUUGGGGCCUGGCUGGGGGGUUUGUGCACUGAGCCUCAAUCCCUGGGGGUCCUGUCCAUGGGCCUGGAGGGCCCGAACCCCAUGCCACUUCUGACCGGGAAGCGUGUCCCUUGGCUAUUGUGUUUGUGGUCACCUGCCACCGGGGCCCCGUGGAUGGGCGGCCACAUGCUGUCCCCCUGAAGUCCAGUCGGCCGGGCUGGUCACCGUGUGUCUGAGUGUCCCCUUGCAUGGUCGAGUGUGACAUGGGGAAGGGCCUGCCAGUUUAGUGGCUGCAGACUUGGGACUCUCCAUCCCAUUAGGACACAGUUGAGCCCACUCAUGUCUCUGGGGCUUUUCUAGCCAGAUGAUGCCUGUGGCCCCAGAGAGGUCCCCUGAGGUUGGGACUGCUGGUUGGAGCCUCUCCUGUGACUUUUCAGCCCAACCAGCAGGGCCCGUUUCUCACGAGAGAGGCCUCCUCCCCGUCCCACCCACCCCACGGCCUUCAGCUUCCCUGGGAAGGUCCAUGCGCGUUCCUGGGGAAAUCGAUACACAUUCGGCUUUGUUAGAAUAACGCGAAACAUUAAAACCCAGAAAGGAUUCUUAAGGCUGGAGUAGCAAUCACAUGACCCCAUUUCAAAUGACUUCAUUUAAGACUAAAAAUACUCAGCUGGGCACGAUGGCUCACGCCUGUAAUCCCGGCACUUUGGGAGGCUGAGGUGGGUGGAUCACGAGGUCAGGAGUUCAAGACCCGCCUGGCCAACAUGGUGAAACCCCAUCUCUACUAAAAAUACAAAAAUUAGCUGGGCGUGGUGGCGGGCGCCUGUAAUCCUAGCUACUCAGGAGGCUGAGGCAGGAGAAUCGUUUGAACCUGGGAGGCGGAGGUUGCAGUGAGCCGAGAUCACACCAUUGCACUCCAGCCUGGACAACAGGGCGAGACUCCGCCUCAAAAAAAAAAAAAAAAAAAAAAAAUAUAUAUAUAUUCAACACACUUUGGGAGGAUCACUUGAGCCCAUGAGUUUGAGAUCAGCCUGGGCAACACAGGGAUACCCCAUCUCUUAAAAAGAAAGAGAAAAAAACAAAGUUAUUCCAAAAAUGAGGACGUCCUCCUGGCAUCUGAGUCCUCACCCCAUGUGCCACGCUGGCCGCUUCUGCCGUCCUCCACCUCCAGGCGCUCCUAGAGCUGUCCCUGGGCCGGUGGCUUCCAAAGGGGGCUGUAGUUGGGUCCUGCUCGCCUGGACCGCUGCCCUGGCUGCUCUUGGUGAAGGGCCCCUUGUCCAGCCCGCCUUCCUCCUCCUGGGUUUCCGUGUGACAGGUGCCCCGUCCUGUGGGGUGGUGUCUCACAUUUGCUUUGCUGUGAAAAAAUGGGGUACACCAUCCCCGGGCCUCCAAUCACCGGCCCUGCCCCUGAGUGGGGAUGGUUUUCAGCAGCUCCUUGCUCUGGGGGCCAAGCUCCUUGUCCGGGAGGCCUUUGGAGAACUGGGGUCAGAGCUGUGGGGAGGUACAGCCCUCCUGUGCAGGUUGCCUCCCAGCUCUCCACCUGGCAGUCUUGACCCCACCCUGGCACCUCUGCUCACUGGCACAGGUGGAUCUGGGGUUCGAGGUCUCCUCCCACUUCACCCUGACUUUCUUGUAUGUAUGGGGUCAAAGCCUCCUCUCUGAAGCCCACGGGCCCUCUCCCGGCUCCAGGCUGCACCCAGUGCAGAACCUUUGCCUCCUGGCCGGAGGGACCCUUCUGCAGGCUGAUUCCAGCAGUGCCCGAUGGUGGGACCCACACCAGACCUAGCCUUCACCUCCCAGAGGCCUCCUGGCCCUCCUGUCAUGGCCUGUGAGAGCCACACCCCUAGGCCCCGUCUCCUGGUCUGCAGGCCGCAGGACCAGCUGCCCACGGCCCAAGGGGGCAGGGGCUGUAGAUGAGGGUCUCAGAGGUGGUGGGAGCGCCCCCCCACCCACAGUUCCUGGGCAUUUCUUUAGAGCUUUAAAAUGGCACCUGGAGACCACCAGGCGUGGUGAUCAGAUCUGGUGGUGUGGUGCCUCCCGGGACUGACCACUUCUUGCUCUCCGACCGAGGUGUGGCAGGCAGGGGCGAGUGGCCUGGGAGGUUCCCGGACCCUCAGGGGGCCUGUGUCUCUGGGCACUGCAGCUCCACGCCCCGCUCCUUCCUCCAGAACAUUCCCCACUCGGGCUAGAGAAUUGCGUCUGCUCCAGGAAUGCAUCCUAGCGUGUGUACGAUCGCGCCUCGGUGUCCUGUUCUCAUGAGCAAGCGGUUUUAACCAGCAGCAUAAUUUAUACUCAUAGACAGGACUGGGGGAAGGGCCAUUCCUGAGGCUGGGGUGCAGUGCCUUGGAAAGCACCCCUGAAACAGUGGACCUUGUAUUUUUAGUGUCCCCUGCAACCAUCCUUUGACUUAGAGCAAGAAUUUCUGCUGCUGCUACACCCGAGAUGGGCUUCACCAGAUGUUAAUAACGUGCUUAUUUUCUCUAAGUGCUAUUUUGGCACCAGUGUUAGUUGCAAUUUAUAUUCUGCAGCAUUUGAUGCUGGGAAAAGAACCCACCCUAAUGGUCCCCAAUUGGCAGAGCUCGGCUGUUAAGCAGCGGACCAUAUGCUGCCUGCUGGAGGAGCGUGGUCAGCACUUGUCCCUGUGCCUGCGUGCGUGUGCCUGCGUGCACGUGUGCCUGCGGGUACCUGUACCCUGUGUGUGCACAUGUGCCUGCAUGCGUGUGCCUGCGUGCACGUGUGCCUGCGUGUACAUGUGCCUGCGUGUACCUGUGCCCUGUGUGUGCACGUGUGCCUGCGUGUACCUGUGCCCUGUGUGUGCAUGCGUGUGUGAGUCACGUCUUCCGUGUGUGUAUGUGAGGGAGAGACUGCGGGGUUGGAGGGAGGGUGGAGGGGAAAGUGUAUGUAUCCCUUUGUUCUUUAAAAGGGAGAGCCCCAACCUCUCUGGCUGCCCCCUCCUGCCUGUGCUCCCAGCUCACCCCACACCUAGCUGCUAUUUAUUCUCCUGACCCCCUCCCGGCCCUGCAGCCCCGUGUCCCGCAGCCUCCGCCCCGCCGCCUGCUCCACGUCACCAGGCAACACUCGGCCCCACCAGGCUUCCGAAGGUGGCCCAGAGCAGGCACUUGAGCCUGAUGACCCAGAGCAAAGCUGCCUUUCUGGGCCUUGAGUACUCCUUUCUGCUAUGGGAGGCUUUUCUUGUUUUCAACGGCCCAUCCAGCCCAGGGGGGCUGGGUGAGGGCUGCUUCCUUCUGCCGCAGAGGGGGCGGGCUCUAUCCCUGCCAUCUGCUGCCCCCAGAGGCCCUGCCAGGACACGGGCCUGAGCGGUUUCUUCUCCAAGAGGCCCUCCCGGGACCUGUGUGUGCACAGGGCGGGAAGACACUUGCUGCUUCAACCCAGGACUGCAGCCAGGACGGGCUGAGCUCCUCUUGCGCUACAAACACACAAGGGGUGCCUGCCAGCUCAGCAGCGCCCUCCCUCAACCACACCCUGGGCCCGGACCCAGAGCCACAGGCCGCUGGACCCAGGGGACCGGGGCUGGGCUCAGGCUUGGGCCUGGAGGGCUUGUGGAGGGGCCAGACCUAGAGCAGUAGGGCUGCAACAGCUGAGGGCUGGGCCCCUGCCGGCCAGUGAAGCUCCAGACCAGUGCCCCGGCCUUGGCGGUGCCAGCAGUGCUCCUGCAGGGAUGGAGGGUGCUGGAGGCCUGGAUGCGGGGACCUUGAUCCCCCAGCAGGCAGCGCUAUGGCAGCCUCCCACCUCCUCUUCCCCUGUUAUCUGCUCCUUUUAGGAUCUGAAAAUUACAGAGCCUUUUUUUUUUUUUUUUGAGAGGGAGUCUUGCUUUGUCCCCCAGGCUGGAGUGCAAUGGCACGAUCUUGGCUCACUCACUACAACCUCCACCUCACAGGUUCAAGCGAUUCUCCCACAUCAGCCUCCCGAGUAGCUGGGAUUACAGGCGCCCGCCAUCAUGACCGGCUAAUUUUUGUAUUUUUGCAGAGAUGGGGUUGCACCAUGUUGGUCAGGCUGGCCUUGAACUCCUGACCUCAAGUGAUUCUCCUGCCUUGGCCUCCCAAAGUGCUAGGAUAACAGGUGUGAGCCACCGUGCCUGGCCCAUUACAGAGCUCUUGUAAGAAAACAUGUGAAAUUCAUGGACAAAGUGAGGUGAUGAAGUGUGGAGCCACUAAACCAAAGGCAGAGGAGGCGUCGGCCGCUUCCUGUGGACGUGGGCAGAGCGCUGCUGCCAGUUCCUGGUAGCCUUGACCACGACGCUGGGGGGUCUUUGUGAUGGUCAUGGGUCUCAUUUGCACUUGGGGGUGUGAGAUUCAAGUUAGAGGUUUCUAGAUCUGGCCGGGCGCGGUGGCUUACGCCUGUAAUCCCAGCACUUUAGGAGGCUGAGGCAGGCGGAUCACGAGGUCAGGAGAUCGAGACCAUCCUGGCUAACACAGUGAAACCCCGUCUCUACUAAAAAUACAAAAAAGUAGCCGGGUGCGGUGGCGUGCGCCUGUGGUCCCAGCCACUCAGGAGGCUGAGGCAGGAGAAUGGCAUGAACCUGGGAGGCGGAGCUUGCAGUGAGCUGAGAUUGUGCCACUGCACUCCAGCCUGGGCGACAGAGUGAGACUCCGUCUCAAAGAAAAAAAAAAAACAAAAGAAAUUUCUAGCUCUACUGGGCAUGAUGAGCACAAACCCCACAGACACUGAGAAACCCAGUGGUGGCAGUGACUCGGGCUGUCAUCGGGGCUCCUCUGCUCUCUAAAGCUCCUUCGAGAAACACAAGAGGGGCCGGGCGUGGUGGCUCACGCCUGUCAUCCCAGCACUUUGGGAGGCUGGGGCAGGAGGAUCGCUUGAGCCCAGGAGUUCGAGACCAGCCUGGGCAACAUAGUGAGACUCUAUCUCUACAUAAAAUAAAAAAAAAAAGUUAGCUGGGCAUUGUACCUGUGCCUGUGGUCCCAGCUACUCAGGAGGCUGAGGCAGGAGGAUUGCUUGAGCCCAGGAGUUGGAUGUUGCAGUGAGCCAAGAUCGCACCAUUGCCCUCCACCCUGGGCCACGGAGCAAUACCCUGUCUCAGAAAACAACAAAAAGCAGAAACGCUGAAGGGGUCGGUUUACGGGAAAACCGCCGGUCAGAACACCUGGCUACUCCUACCCCAGAUCAGUGGACCCGGGAAUGAGGGUUGGUCCCGGGAGGCUUUUCCCCAAGCUGUUGCCACCAGACCCGCCACGGGAACCCUGGCCACAGAAGCCUCCCGGGGAGUGAGCCAGAGCCUGGACCGCCGUGCCGAUGUGUCUGGGGUGGAGGGAGGGUGGGGAGUGUGCAAGGGUGUGUGUGUGCCCGGGGGGUGUUCAUGGGCAAGCAUGUGCGUGCCUGUGUGUGUGCGUGCCCCUCCCCUGCAGCCGUCGGUGGUAUCUCCCUCCAGCCCCUUCGCCACCUUCUGAGCAUUGUCCGUCCACGUGAGACUGCCCAGAGACAGCAGAACUCCACGUGGUUUUAAGGGGAGACCUUUCCCUGGCCCUGGGGGUCUCGCCAUAUCUCAUGACCAGGUGCUAAAUGACCCGACAUGCAUCACCUGCCUUUUGGUGACCCACCUCCCUGUCCCCGUCCCGCUGACUUGCCCCCGUGGCGUCUCACGGUGAUGCCUGCUCCUGACAUUGGUGUUCACUGUAGCAAACUACAUUCUGGAUGGGAAUUUUCAUGUACAUGUGUGGCAUGUGGAAAAUUUCAAAUAAAAUGGACUUGAUUUAGAAA